AUGGGCGAACAAGUUGAAAGAAUGAGUCCUUUUCGGCUUUUGUUAAACGAAAUUAGCUACGAGCUAACGGAGCAAAACCUACAAAGUCUUAUUCACAUAUAUGGAGUGCCAGGGGGUGUAAAAAAACAGAUAAACGACGGGCUAGCAUUGUUCGGCUAUAUGAUUACGCAGGAUUACAUCAGUCGUGACAAAAUUGGAAAUCUUCGCAAGUUAAUUCGACAGUUAAGACCGCGCAGGAAAGAUUUAGUUCGCCUGGUGGAUAACUACAUCAAAAAGGAAAAGUUAGUUAUCAGUGGAUCGUUGGAACAAAGCCAUGAAAACAAACGUCCUGUCACUAUAGACGAUGAAACAACUACUUCAUGUAACAUCGAUUGUGCGUGUUUUGAUUUAAAUUUAAAUUGCUUAUGUCGUCGUGUGCCUUAUACACCAAUAAUAUUAGUGCUACUUGUUGCUAUAAUUGUCACAGGGGUGUUGUGGUAUGCAGAUGUCCCGAAAAUCAGCGAAUCCAUCAGGUCCAACUCGGAUCUGAAUAACGCAGGGAUGUAUAUUCUCAUGGCAGAGAUUUUAACACUUCUGUUUGUCACUGGCUUCCGCGUCCGGAGGAGUUUGGUUUCCUGCUUGGCUUGCUAUAAAUCCAGUUAUACUGUUUUGGCUAACCCAGAUGACCAAGGGCCAUCCCGGCAAAUUACCUCCGCAAGUGAUAUUCGAUUACAAAGUCAAAGACGUGCUUCCAGACCAUAUAAAACCAGUGAGUCAGAAAGUGCUGUAUUUAGUGAAACUUCUGGUGAACGCAGUAGUCUGUCCACCUUUGGUACAUUUCAACCAAUGGACGAACAUCCUGACAGCUCUGGACCUGAGCAUUAA